CAUAAAUGAAACACAUUUUAAAGUACAACAUGUGGAGGUACUCACCACUACUAAAUGAUAAUGGUGCAUUUAAGGAUGGACGAACAAAGUGCAGCAUCUCAACACAUGAUGAAAAAACAUUAUCAGUGAAGCAUAAAGACAAAGAUUGUGGGCUUUUUAAAGAGUGGUGCAUGCAUGUUGUAUAUUUUACCUGUAUUAUUUUUAUUUGUACCAAGCCUUCCACUGUAUCCCACCCCAGGACUCAACGGCAGGCCAGUUUGCAUGGUGAGGGAUGACUGGUUUGUCUCCUCCUCGUUAUUUCCUCAUCCACUCCUCAAAAGUCACAUCCACAGGCAACCCAGCAUCCCAUCUUUGGCUUUUGUGCCGCAUCAAAGCCUCCGUGGGGUUAAUAGUGGCAAGUCAGCGAUGUUUUCAGAAGCUUGGCGAGAUGAACUCAAAGAGCUGGUGGCGAAAGUCGCUUUAUCAUCUCAGGCACACAACGACAAGAAUGAGGCCCGACCUGAGGGGGAACCAGUUCGCCGAAAGACCCAAUAUUCCGCCCAAACUGGGAGAAUCAUCCCUCCGACGUCCAUGUCUCACCACCGUAGAUCUCAAACCCUGCGUCUGCACGACCUGCAAGCUUUCCACGAUCAAGAACUGAUGGUGUUGGAGCUACUUUGUCAGAUCCUGCAGACUGAUUCCCUGUCGGCUGUCCAGCAGUGGCUUCUGAUGGCAGGCCAGAGGGAGAAGGACCUGGUGAUGGGGAUGAUCAAGCAAGCGCUGGACGGCGUUGACCUUUCAGGUCAGCAGCCAAUCUUGCAGCGGCGUCAAGACUUUCAUCCUGGCUUUUUGCCGUUAACUGGUGGGCCAUCGAGGAAAAAAACACAGACAGCCAGAUCAGAGCGAGCGAACAGAACAUCCAGCAGUGACAAGCCAGAAAUGGUGGGCGACACACAAGUUCUUGUAAUCCACGCCAAGGAGCAACAAGAUAGGGGCAAGACUUCACCGGAAUGAACUGCAGCCUAUUCAAAAUGAUAUAUGGAUUUUCAUUUAGACUCACUUGUAGAAAAAUAUAUCAGACUUGUACAUUUUGGUCAUUGCAGAAAGUUCAAAAAUAACACUACAAGCUUUGGGUU